AGUGCUGAAAGAUGCGACUCAAACGUUUUCUGCUCCGGUAUUACCCGCCCGGUAUUAUACUGGAAUAUGAGAAAGGUGGGGAACUCAUGACCAAGUCCAUAGAUUUACUGGACCUCUCUCCCAAGACUGCUGUGGACCCACUUGUUGAGGAAAUUCAGAAAACAGAACCGCUUAUUACUGCAUCACGUACACAGCAAGUAAAACAGCUCAUCCUGAGGCUCCAGGAAAAGAUAGGCCAGCAAGAUCAUCACAAAUUCUACCUGUUCAAGGUCCUCAGAGCUCAUAUCUUACCACUAACAAAUGUGGCGUUUAAUAAAUCUGGCUCCAGCUUCAUCACUGGCAGCUAUGACAGGACAUGCAAAGUAUGGGAAACGGCAACAGGGGAGGAGCUGCACACCUUAGAAGGACAUCGUAAUGUGGUUUAUGCUAUCCAGUUUAAUAAUCCCUAUGGAGAUAAAAUUGCAACUGGAUCAUUUGAUAAAACAUGCAAGUUGUGGAGUGCUGAGACUGGAAAAUGUUACCACACUUUCCGAGGACACACGGCGGAAAUAGUUUGUGUAGCAUUCAAUCCUCAAAGUACCUUGGUAGCAACUGGGAGCAUGGAUACCACAGCUAAGUUGUGGGACAUACAAACCGGAGAAGAAGCUCUCACCUUGAAUGGCCAUUCAGCAGAGAUAAUCUCAUUAUCAUUUAACACUACUGGAGACAGGCUGAUCACAGGCUCGUUUGAUCACACGGUAUCUGUGUGGGAUAUGCCCACAGGCAGGAAAGUUCAUACCUUAAUAGGUCAUCGAGGAGAAAUCAGCAGCACACAGUUUAACUUUGACUGCUCCCUCAUUGCUACAGCUUCAAUGGAUAAAACCUGCAGGCUAUGGGAUGCUUUAAGUGGAAAAUGUGUGGCUACCCUGACUGGGCAUGACGAUGAAGUUCUUGAUGUCACCUUUGAUUCCACUGGACAGUUUAUCGCAACUGCUUCAGCUGAUGGAACAGCAAGGGUAUACAGUGCAGCCACCAAGAAAUGCAUAGCAAAGUUAGAGGGACACGAAGGGGAGAUAUCUAAGAUCUGCUUCAAUCCGCAGGGUAAUCGAGUAUUGACAGGGAGUUCUGACAAGACCUCGCGGCUUUGGGACCCACACACUGGACAAUGUGUACAGGUGUUAGAGGGACACACAGAUGAGAUCUUCUCUUGUGCAUUCAACUAUGAGGGAAACACAAUUAUUACAGGGAGCAAGGAUAACACUUGCAGGAUUUGGCGGUAAACUAUACAUCAUUCCAGAGAUAACCACAACGAGAUCAGAAGCAGCCAAAAUGAAUCGCAGUGUUAUUUAAACCAUGAUAGCAUAGCUUUAUUUAGCCAUAACAGAGGUUUUAUGUGUUGCACAGUUGUUAGUACAACUCUAAUUUCUUCCUUGAAGACUCUGGCUGUAAACUUAUGCUGGAGACCAUGAGUUUACUAUAUUUGUAUUAAUUAUAUUAAAGUUUUCCAUUAAAAUGCA